GCUUGUGAACAGUGGAGAAACGAAUGAGAGGCGACGUCGAGUUUCGUACGCGGUACAGAGAGGAAAUGUCCAAGUAUUUUGAAAGAGGGUACGCCAGAAAGCUGAACGAAGCCGAAGUCAGCGCGCCGGACUUAAACGUGUGGUACUUGCCCCACUUCGCCGUCUUCAACCCCCAUAAGCCGGAAAAAAUACGAAUUGUUUUUGAUGCCUCAGCCAGCGUAGCAAAUGUGUCUCUCAACUCGGCUCUUCUGAAAGGUCCAGAACAAGCACAAUCGCUGAUACGAAUUUUAUUGCAAUUUCGCCAGGGGCGCAUUGGAGUAUCAGCCGACAUUCGUGAAAUGUUUUCACAAAUAAAGAUACGCCAAAAUGAUCAACACGCCCAACGCUUUUUAUGGCGCGACGGAGACCAAAGUCGACCCAUCGAAGAGUACGCGAUGACAUCACUAAUAUUCGGUGCUGUAUGCUCACCAUGCAUAGCCGAAUACAUAAAGAAUAAAAACGCCAAAGAAUUUAGAGCACAGUUUCCGGACGCCGUAUCCACGAUUAUCAACAAACACUAUGUUGACGAUUUAGUUGCCAGCUUUAACGAGCCCGAAGAAGCAGUAAGAAUCUGCCAAGAGAUAGUGAAAAUAAAUCGACAUGCGGGAUUCGAGCUGCGAAAUUUUAUCUCCAACUGUCGUGAGGUGGAAGAAACAAUGAACCAACAAUCAACGUCGCCAGCAAGAGAAGCAGUCAGCAUGGAACGAAACGGAAUAGCAGACAAAGUGCUCGGCCUGCACUGGAACACGAAAGAAGAUACGUUCGGAUUCCACACACAGUUUCAUCGCGUGCCUCAAGAAGUACUAAACAGAGUGCGUGCACCAGCCAAGCGGGAAUUACUGCGCAUCGUUAUGGCGGUGUUUGAUCCGUUUGGUAUGUUGUCUAACUUCUUAAUUAUUACUAAACUUCUAAUUCAAGAGACCUGGAAGAGCGAAAUAGAAUGGGACGACAUUCUUCCGAAGGAGCUGGGCAGGAAAUGGUCACAAUGGUGGCAAGAGUUCGACAGCGUGAGGCAAUUCACGAUUCCACGAUGUUACUCGCCGUACGUCGCAAGCAUCGGUAAAGUCGAGGUGCACAUGUUUGUCGACGCAAGUCAAGUUGCGUUUGCUGCGGUGGGUUACUUGCGAGUUCUCCACGAAGGAAACGUUGACGUCAGCUUCGUAAUGGGAAAAUCCCGUACCGCUCCGACGAAGCUCAUGUCGAUCCCGCGCCUAGAACUGCAGUC